AUGGGGGACCCAAGUCAAGAGCAGAAAACGGUAAAUAUAACAGAGUCGAGAGUCGACAGUGGGUUUUUAUUGAAUGCUGGCUCUGACAGCGACAGUGCGCCGUCCCAGAAUCCCAAGCACCCUAGGAGUGCUCGACGGCUGUCCUCUCUAAGUGUUCUUGGACAAGGCCUGCUGGAUUUCCUCAUUGCUAUCUCCUGCGCCUAUUUCAUUGUCUUCGCCGCCCUGGUUUAUUCUAGGCGCAAUCAGCCUGUCGACCAACAAGGAAACCAGGACCUGCUUGAAGCGGCCAAAUAUAGUCCGACCAUCUUCCCCAUCUUAUUCUCCGCGGUCGUUGCCAAAUUUCUCAGGGCUAUCGCAGCAAUCAAGCUCGAGAGUGGCACCUCCGUGCUCGCGCUCGAAUACCUCUUGCAGAGCCGUAGCGUCUUCAGCGCCUUCAUGGCCCCAAUUGCCUUGAAGACAAUCAACGUCCUCACGCCGUUUCUUUGCCUCCUCUGGGCACUCUCUCCCCUGGGGGGUCAAGCCGGACUACGUGUCAUAUCCACUCAAGAAUCCUUUACCAAUGCGACACAGAACUUUACAUAUCUCGCCUUUGUGUCCGAAUUUAGCAACGAAGGAGUCAAUUCGGCCUCGGCGGAACCGCUGAUCCCAAUCAAUGCAAUCUUCACUGCUGCUCUCAUCGGCUCGGCCAAAUCAAAGGAUCUGGCGCAAGACCAAUUCGGCAACGUCAAAAUACCCAUCUAUGAGAGUCUCACCGCGCAGGAUGGCUCAGAUUGGCGGAUCGUGCCAGAUUCUGGUGACGUCGAAUGGAGUUCUCUCACUGGACUGCCCAUCCACAAUCUCCCAUCAGUAGGAGUCUCACGUUUCACGAUGAACACUGGCUAUAUGGUCACAAGCUGCAAUGUAUCAGGCCACGACUGGACCCCAGAAGACCGACAGAGCCUUGAGCAAUUUAGAGGCUGGAGUGGUGCGAAUUACGCUCUCAGUCCCAACAGGUUCGACCAAUACGCAAUAACUAACUUUACGUUCCGAUCUCUUGACCUCUACGGUGAUUCUGGUCCUUCGGUAGAAGGGGAGAUCCUCACCGUCGCAGACUGCUCGGUUGGCAUGAGUUACAUCGAAGUCCAAAUCGAAUGCAACGGUCAGACCUGUCAAAGCGUUGCUGCACGACCUUCGAAAAAUCCCGCCUCGCAUCAGCGCGACUACAGCUACACCACCCUCAAUGUAACCGAAUGGACACCGAUCAAUGGUCUCGGUCAAGAAGAUAUCAUGUACGAUGCAUUUUUUCCUGAUUUCACCAACGCGACCAACCCGACAGUGGGUUGCGAUACCUCGUUCUGCCCCCCUAGCGCCAUAGAAGCAUACUUGGCGGACCCGGCAAAUGUCCUGUUGCAGACUGCGACUACCAAGCUUUGGAAGCUCGGCGACGACGUUUUCUCUAAGCGGUUCACGCAGCUCAUCAACACCUAUUGGAUUGACAGCAUUGCUCCCUCUGCGAUAUCAGGGAACUUCACAGUGGGAGGAAGCGACUCUCAGCUGUACAACACGGAUAGCACGCUGGGCACAAUCACCACCAGCCAGAUUGUCGUCAAGUGCGACUUCACGUGGCUCGCGAUCAUGCUUGUCUGUUCGCUUGUGCUGUUCAUCAUCGGCUUGGCAACGGUAGUGCUGACGGCGUACCGGCGUGGGCCGGACGUGUUGGACAAAUUCAGCUCGCUGUUGAGGGACAAUCCGUAUGCGAAUAUCCCGCAUACAUCGUCGAUGGAAGACGCGUCGACCCAAUCGAGACGGUUAGGAGAUCUGACGGUUCGGCUCGGCGAUGUUCGUCCCGAGGACGAUCUCGGAUAUGUUGCGAUAGGGGUCCUUGAUGGUCACCAGGUGGUGCAGAAGCUGAGUACGAGGAGGAAUUAUGCUUGA